UUGUCCUCCUCUCAUUAGGAGAAAACAAUCCGGAGGAAGCACGGGAGGGGUACCUGUGCUGCUCCUCCGCUCCACCUGGAUUUUACACCGUUUAUAAUCACUCGUAACCCCGUUUUACACCCUGACAUUGUCGAUUUUACCCGACAGGCCUGCAGUAAGUUUGGAUUCUAGCGGGACGGAUCGUGGCUAACGCUAGCUUCAUCCCCAAACGACGCUAAAGCAGAUAACUGGGGAUCAGCGUCAAGGAUUCCUCUUUAAAUCUUCAAAUAAGUUUAAUCUCAAAGUUUUCAGAUAGUAUUUUCAUUUUAAGGCAACAAUGCAACGUGGAAAACAACAAAAUCUUCCAAGAAGGGGGUGAAAACAGAGAAGAGAAUUAACAUGCAGACCUGAAACCGAGAUUAAACCUUGCAUUGUGGGGCAAGUGUGAAUGUAAUGCAAAGGAGGAGGUACCCCUUUUUUAUGGGAACUGCACAUCCACACCCUCUGGCUUGUCUGCGGGCCAAAGACGCCCUUUAACUGGCCUAAAUUUUGGAACUAGUACUACCACUUUCUCAACGACUGCCAGCGCAUACCUGCAUUUGUUCAUUUUAUACUGCUCAAUCUGGUGAGGUAAACAGCAGUGUCGCCUUAGCUGUUGUCGCUCGCAGAUACUAUAAAUUACCAUGACAGCUGUGGUGGGAAGAGCUUGGGGUUGGGUCCGGUCUUGGGGCAGUAAGCCAGACACUCAACAUACCCAAGCGACUAUAAUAGCAGAGGAGAAGAAACCUAGCAGAGGAUGGACGUCUUGGUUAUGGCUCGGCUGGUCGCGUAAAAGUGACCUGAACAGUCCCGUGGAGGAAUUCUGGGAGGCGCCGGAGAAGAUCCAGCCAAUGGAGGUGGAGGAGCUCAAAGCCGGGAAGGACGAGACUGACGGUUCUCAGCCUAGAUGGUGGAGCAAGUUGCUUCCGACGUAUUACAUCUACUGGCCAAAGAAAGCAGCAACAGCAACAACAAUAACGCAGCAACCGAGGAAACGGCACGAAAGCGACAUCUACGGAACCCCGCCGCCCUCGCCCACCCCGCCCGUCACUUCCCCGUUCAGGCUUUUCGUCUCCGGCUGGCAAAUGGAAAUCAUCCCGGAGCAUUACGACAUCUGCUUCAACUUCCUGCGUCACCUUUUUGACCUGUUCGUGGUGGGGUUUCUGUGGACCGUCUCGACUCCUUCCAAAAUCGUUGUGGAGAUUUUGGGCGUGCAGGGAGCGUUGAGGUUGUGGUUUCACGGGAUGGCCAUGUUUUUCGUGGCCACUAUCGGCAUGGCGGGGCUGCUGGGUUUGAUCAGGGAGUAUUUGGCGCAGUUUACGCUGGUGUAUGGGAUCAUACAGGCGCUGGUGAUCUCGGUGAGCAUGAAGCAGAGCGUUCUUUUUGGAGGAAUAGAGGAGGAGCAGAAGAAGGAAGAGGAGGUGAAGGAAAAGGUGGAGGUGAAAAAGGACACUAAGGAGCACAGGGGAGGCGUGAAACCAAUGUCUCCCAAAGAAAAGCUGAAGAAGAUAAGUUAAGAAUGGGACAAGAAGUCAUUCCCUCAGCUGUACCAGACCUCCAUGUUCAGAGACUACACCCCUACAGUGGGACUAAAGACUAUACUGCACAGAGACCAGAGUCCUGUAUCAGACUUCAUUGCAUGACAUUCAUAGUGUCACCAAAAAACACCGUACACUGGGCACCGUCCGUACCAGAUGUGCAUAGGUAGAAUCAGGUGUUAUGUGGGGCUGUUUCUCUUAAUAUGCAGUAUGUGAAUGUUCUGGUGUGAAAGGAAUGUAAGGAAUCGUUUUUUUUGUUUGUUUGUUUGUUUUAUAUUACAUUUUGUUUAGUGGGUUAUUUUCAAUUUUAUUUUGACGUCUUGUAUGAUCAGAUGAUGCCUGUGGAUAUGGCACACUUUAGUUUCUGGCGAGUAAUGCCGACCAACCGAACUAUGUAUCAGAAUGCGUUAGAAAAUCCAUUUUAAUGCAGGUAUUUGGUAUUCUGUAAUGGAAAUACAUGUUCAAAAAUAUUCUUCCCAUCACUGUCCAUGAAGCACAAACCACAGACAUGCCGGAAAGGAAAAAGGAGUGGUCCUAAGAUAGACCCUUGUGGAAUGCCAAAAGGCCGACAUUUUGAAUAUGUUGGAAUUCCAGCCGCUGUUCUUCGCUGUUUUUGCUGUUCUUCGCUGUUCUUCGCUGUUUUGCUGUUCUUCUGAUCUUUCAUGUAAAGUUACUUGCCCGAUCACCUGACAAGAAUGCAGUUUCAUUAGACAAAAACAAAUCUACAGAAUUUUGAAAUGAAUACCAACAACACAUAGCCGAAGAGAUUUAAAUUAAUUUAGUCUUUUUGUGUUUUUUUUUUUUUGGUAGGAUUUAAAUCCUAGAUAUUUUCGAGCUUCUGUCCAUGCCGUCAUAUUUCCUCAUCAAAAACACACCUGACCUACUUAACUGGAUGAUCAGGAAGUGCUCCGUUGUGUUGAAAAAGUUGAUUAAUUUCCCAGACUUGUUGUGAUCAUUCCAGCGCUGACAUUUCCCUCAGAGCGGCGCAUUUACAUAGGCUGAUUUAACUAGAGUGACACUCCUAACUGCGAUUUUUUCUAUGCACUGUAAAAAGACUUUAGGUAUUACAAAACGUGAAUGUGUAAAAAUAAUUUGGACAUUUGGAUGUAAAAGUUCAAAAUCAGAUCAGAAUUGUUUAGGAUUUUAGCUUUGAGAUAGCGUCAGAUGAUGUGUUGAACAGAUGUUUUCACUAUAAUAAUUUAAGAUGCACUAUGUAACUUUUCUGGUUCGUCUCCAUGAUGUAACUUUGCGUAGAAUGUUCCACAGUAUGGCAUUAAAUUUAACUGCCAUUUAUUCAAAUACAAGUGUUUUUAUAGCUCAAAAAUACCUUGAAAAACAUGUAUUCUUCACAGAUUUGACCUGUAAAUUGGUCAAAUUGUGUCACCUACUUGUUUCUGUAAUAAAUUAGUUUAACUGUGGAGCAUUCAAGACAAAGCUUUAACAUCUCCAUGGAGACCAGCAAAGUUACAUGGUGUACCUUUUCUGUUUUAGGUUAUAGUGUUGUUUCUUUAUCACAGUCUGGAGUUUUGUUUUGUUUAAUUCACACAUGUUUAACACAAACAGAGAGUUCUUUUCUCAAACGGGAAACUCUCCGUUCCAACUUGUGAUGUCAUGUGGUAAUACAGGAAGUGCUCCAUUGUGUUUUUAAACGCCACACACCCAUGAUCAGUAGAAUCAUUUGGACGAUUUCAGCCCUGAAUUUGAUUAUCUCUCUUGAACAAAAGUUCAAAGUUAGAUGUGAAGUUGGAAUGGAGCAUUUUGAGCUUUGAAGAUGUAGACAGACAAAAAAUAAAACAUCAUUUCUCAAACAUGUGUGAAUAAAAGAAAAAAAUUUAAUGAGGCAACAACUUUAUAACAUGAUUUAAACCUCGCAAGAGUUAAUUUUGCAUAAUAUAGAACCUUUAAGAGUUGAACUUAGGAGUUAUAGAGUUGGAAAAAACACUAACGAGGGACAACGUGCAACCAAGUACACGUGCAAUGUAGAGAUAGACCGAUAUUGGGCCGAUAUUUUACCUUUUUAGUGUAUCGGAUAUCGGCUGUAAAUCUCCAGCAGAGAUCGAUGUUUUGUUUGCCCUAGAUAAGCUUUGUUUGAACACUUUAGUCCAAAAAGGGUACUGCGAAAACGUGACUACACUGGACUCUGCACAGUUUGUAGUAAAAGCAGGUUCUGGACGAGUUUGUACAACAUUUUUGAGCUAAAUACCGGCCCAAAAAGUAUCAGUAGAGCUUAUCGGUCAUGAAAAACCGCAAACAAGUCGAGUGCAAUGUUUUAAUCACUAAAGUGCUGUACAGCCAAAAAGCCACUGCUAAUGUUUUAUAUUUUUAGAUUAGCUUUUGUUAUUCUUUUGCCUUGACUGUACAAAGCCAACCGGGUACAUUUUGCUAAAGGGGCUGUUUUAAGAUUUGUUCAGGUCUGCGCACGUUGAAUGUUCAUUUAUCUCCGUGACGACUCCAAGACUUUGCAAUGUUUACAGCCUUACAGUUCACGAUAUACGGGCUUCAAAGCUGAUUAAAGGGCGCAUAGUACUUUUCUUUUCUGUUUUUCUGGUCUAUUAUAAUGUCGUUUCGUCAUCACAAACAGACCUGGAGUUGCGUUUCGUUUGUUUGCAUUUACUGUUUACUCUUCUCAAACAGGAAAACACUCUGUUCCGCCUUCUGAUGUCGUGCUGCGCUGUGUUUUUAAACUCCAAACACCUUCACUAGAAUCAUUUGGAUAAUUUCAGUCCUGGAAUUGCCAAUUUCUACUGAACUAAAAUGAGUAAAAGGAGCUGUUUAACUUGAAAACUACCGCCUCACGAUGACAUCACAAGGUGGAACAGACCAUUUUGAGCUUUGGAGAGCAUUCCAACACGUUAAUUUGUAAGAAUAAUUUGGAUUUUUUUUUUUUACAGAAAAAUCUAAACUCAUAACAUUGUUUAGGAUUUUAGCUUGGAGAUAAUGUUGAAUUGAUGUUUUAUAAUAAUAAUUUAAAGGUGCACUGUGUAACUUUUCUGGUUGGUCUCCACGAUAUAGCUUUGCGUAGAAUAUUCCACAGUAUGGCAUUAAACUUAUCUUGCAUUUAUUCAAGUACAAGUGGUUUUAUAGCUCAAAAAAACAUGCAUUCUUCACAGAUCUGACUUGUAAAUUGGUCAAAUAGUGUCUCCUACUUGUUUUCAUAAUAAAUUUGCUUAAUGCCGCACUGUGGAGCAUUCAAGACAAAGCAGUAACAUCUCCAUGGAGACCAGCAGGGGGCAGACUCACACCAGGAAAGUUACUCGUGUGAAUGAAACAAAACACAACUCCAUGUUUGUUUUUGAGGCGGUAACAACAUUAUAACCCGUCUUAAAGUUCACAAGAGUCCAUUUUGCGUAAUACAGGACCUUUAAUUCCAGAUUGUAAAUUUUUUGUGAUUCUUGUGCCAUAUUUUUUGUGAAUGUGCAGAUGCCAGUGACAUAAGACACAGAUAAACAAAGGCACAAUGUUGAACUGACUAAAAUGUUUUUGUAAAGCUCACAAGGUUUGCACAUUUAAUUUUGUUUUAUCGCCUGAAACUUCUCAACAAUAUACAAUUUGUAAGUUUGUAAUGUGAAUGUGGAAGUCUAUGGCGGCCAUGUUCAAAGCAAAUUACAACAAACCCAUAAUUAAAUAUUCGUAACGCUGCUUUUUAAAGGUGCACUAUGUUGUUUUGUCUUAAAUGUUCCACAGUAUGGCAUUUAACUGGACAAUCGUUUAUUCAAUUACUGUUUUUUGUUGCUUAAAAUACCUAAAAGACAUGCUUUGUUUUUUUUUAUUCUCUGUGAGAGUUUCACCUCUCCGCAGAUCUGACCUGUACUUUUGCCUGGUGGAGACCUACUCUGACACUACUUUGUCUGAAAUGUUCCACAGUAUGGCAUUUGGCAUAACUAAUUAGCUUUUUAUUAAUUAAAUUCUUUAUUACUUUGAAAAACAUGCUUUGUUAACUGUGAGUGGGUUCACCUCUCCACAGAUCUGACCUGUAACUUUGCCUCUUGGAGACCUACAAGUGGUGUACACAGACACUGCUUUGUCUGAAAUGUUCCACAGUAUGGCAUUUAACAUAACUAAUUAAUGUUUAUUGAUUACAACUUUUACUACUUUGAAAAACAUGCUUUGUUAACUGUGAACGGGUUCACCUCUCCACAGAUCUGACCUGUAAUUUUGCCUGGUGGAGACCUACUCUGACACUACUGUUCCACAGUGUGACAUUUGGCAUAACUAUUUAGCCUUUUAUUAAUUAUAUUUUUUAUUAAUUUGAAAAACAUUACUUUGAAAAACAUGCUUUUUUAACUGUGAGCAGCAUCACCUCUCCACAGAUCUGACCUGUAACUUUGCCUGGUGGAGACGUAUAAGUGGUAUACAGUGGUAUACAGACACUAAUUUGUCUGAAAUGUUCCACAGUAUGGCAUUUGGCAUAACUAAUUAGCUUUUUAUUAAUUAAAUUCUUUAUUACUUUGAAAAACAUGCUUUCUUAACUGUGAGUGGGUUCACCACUCCACAGAUCUGACCUGUGACUUUGCCUGGUGGAGACGUACAAGUGGUGUAUACAGACGCUAUUUUGUCUGAAAUGUUCCACAGUAUGCCAUUUAACAUAAUUAUCUUGCAUUUAUUCAUUUACAGUUUUUUUUAUAGGUGAAGAAAAAACUGAAAUGCCAUGAAAAACAAAAACAUACUUUCUUACUGUGAGCAGGUUCUCCUCUCCGCAGAUCUGACCUGUAAUUUUGCCUGGUGGAGAUGUACAAGUGGUGUACACAGACACUACUUCUUUGUCUGAAAUGUUCCACAGUAUGGCAUUUAAUAUAAUUAUCUUGGAUUUAUUCAAUUACAGUUUUUUUUUUUUAUCCUAAAGAAAAAUGCCUUUAAAAACAUACUUUCUUACUGUGAGCAGCUUCACUGAGCGGGUUCUCCUCUCCACAGAUCUGACCUGUAAUUUUGCCUUGUGGAAACAUAUAAGUGGUGUAUGCUGACACUGCUUUGUCUGUAAUGUUCCACAGUAUGGCAUUUAACUUGUCUGUCUUACAUUUAUUGAAUUACAGUUUUUAUAGCUAAAGAAAAGUGUAAUGAAAAACAAAAACAUGCUUUCUUACUGUGAGCGGGUUCUCCUCUCCGCAGAUCUGACCUGUAACUUUGCCUGGUGGUGUCCUACGAGUGGCACAUACAUUCCCCCAGAAAAGUUACACAGUGCACCUUUAAAAUGUACAACACUGGGUACUUUGAAAUACUUUAAAAUGCCUAAAAACCCAUUCUUCUUUCAUUUGAUAACACAACAUUUCACACCAGCAGUUUAACAAAACGCUCUUGUAACUUGUGCAGUGACGUCCGCUUUGCGCUUUGUGUGAACUUGUCUACGGGGCCAUUGAAUACCUUGGUUGCUAAGCGAUUUUUCAAUAACAUCUUUGCUACUUGAAAUUUAAUCUGCUGGUUCUGCUUAAGUUUCCUUCAGAAGAUAAAUUAGUGUGAUGUUUGAGCAGUGUUUGCCAUAGACUCCCAUAGAGAAUGCUGUUUGUGUCUUUAUUAUUAUUAUUAUUAUUGUUGUUUAUAGUUCUGCUGCCUUUUCCACAGUCCUGGUACGACGCUGUGGUUUUACUGUACGUUUAAUUUAUGGUCACUCAACACCUCCUGAUUCAAUAAAUAACCUUUUAUCAGAUUGUA